AUGAACCCCUGCUCAGCCUGUGAGAGACAUAGAACCAUGAGAAAACUUCAUAAGCACCUUGUUGAAGUUAGAAAAUAUGCUGCAAAACUGAUUCGCAUUCUUGACAAUAUGCCGUAUUCCUGUUCCGACGAAAUCAACCUCUUCCGUCACUAUUCAUCAAUGAACCCGGUUCAACUUGGUCAAGCGGAGAUGGACUGUCACUUCUGUACACUUUCUGAGGAAGGAAAAGUUAUCUGCAUUUACAAGGAUUCUAAGAAAGAAGAUGAGAAGAAGUAA